AGACCGCCCACAUCAGAAAAUCUUCAUGUGAGCUUCCCUGAUGCUGCCAAUGUUCGCUGAUUAUUCUGAAUAUAGAAGCAUGAGAAGUCAUUUGCACAGACAUGGAUAAAUAUGAGAGAUUGAAGAAAAUUGGUGAGGGAUCCUUUGGGAAAGCCAUCCUGGUCAAGUCAAGGACAGAUGGCCGACAAUAUGUUAUCAAGGAGAUUGGCAUCUCCAGGAUGUCAAACAAAGAAAGGCAAGAAUCGCGUAAAGAGGUGGCAGUUCUGGCUAACAUGAGCCAUCCAAACAUCGUCCAGUACAAGGAAUCCUUUGAAGAGAGUGGUUGUUUGUACAUAGUAAUGGACUACUGUGAGGGAGGAGACCUGUUUAAGAAGAUCAAUAAUCAGAGAGGGACUCUAUUCUCUGAGGAACAGAUUCUUGACUGGUUUGUGCAGAUCUGCCUGGCUCUGAAACACGUACAUGACCGCAAAAUCCUACACAGGGACAUCAAAUCACAGAAUAUUUUUCUGACCAAGGAUGGUACCAUUCAGCUGGGUGACUUUGGAAUCGCUAGAGUUUUGAACAGCACCGUGGAGUUGGCGAGGACAUGUAUUGGCACACCUUACUACCUGUCACCAGAGAUAUGUGAAAAUAAACCAUACAACAACAAGAGUGAUAUCUGGGCCCUGGGAUGUGUCCUGUAUGAAAUGUGCACGCUUAAGCAUGCAUUUGAGGCCGGAAACAUGAAGAACCUGGUGUUAAAAAUCAUCCGUGGUUCGUACCCGCCGGUUUCCGUGCAUUACUCCCAAGACUUGCGCUCUCUCCUGGCCCAGCUGUUCAGGCGCAACCCCCGGGAGAGACCCUCCGUCUCAGCCAUUUUGGACAAGCCUUUUCUUGCUCGCAGGAUUCACAAGUUUCUCAGCCCUCAGAUUAUUGCUCAGGAAUUCAGCCACUCACUUCACCUUAAUCAGCCUAAAAUGAGUGUGGCCCAGGGAGCACCAGCCAAACGCCCUGCCCCAGGCCCCAUCCCCAUCUCCCCAGCUCAGAAAAUCACAAAGCCAGCAGCCAAAUAUGGAGUGCCUUUAACAGUCCGAAGACCAUCUGACGCCAUCAGAAAGGUCCCGGAUGCAGCAAAGAAACCAGUCAAACUCAAGCAGGCUCCCCCUCCUGCAGCAGCUCAGAGGAGAGUGAGUCGAGUGGAGGAGGAGAGGAGGAAGCAUGAGAUGUUGUUACUGAAGGCUGCUCAGAUGAAGAGAUUUGAGAGGGAAAAGCUGAACCGGAUAAACCGGGCUCGGGAGCAGGGCUGGAGACAUGUGCUCAGUUCCAGUGGAGGCAGCAGUCCUGAGCGAAAGUUUUAUGGAGGUGGUGGUGGCGGCGUUGGAGCACCACAUUCCCCUGGAAUAGGCCCAUCCCCUGUGCCUGGCCCCACCCCUACUCCUGCUCAUGCUCCUGUUCCUGCUUUAGCUCCAAGCAGAGCUCCAUAUGACCAUGUCCACACAGCAGCUGAAAAACCAUCCAAACCUACACCUAAAGAUGGUGCUGGGGAAGGAGCCAUGUCUUCAGGGGACAAUGGCAGCACUGCUACAGACUCAGGGUCGCUGAAUGGUCAUGCCUGCAUCCCUGUUAAGGAUGUUGUCAGGAAAGAACCACGUAAAGCAAGUCUCCAAAACGAGCAGAUUUCAAAGAACGACUAUGCCAAUAGGUUUCGAGGUCAGCUGGCGGCAGAGAGGGCUAAGCAGGUGGAAGAGUUUCUACAGCGGAAAAGAGAAGCCAUGCUGAAUAAAGUCCGUGCGGAAGGACAGCUGGGGGCUCGGCAAAACCUGGCCGCCAUCUUUGCAAGCUGGACAAACUCCUCCCGAUGCAGGAGACCCCAAGUCAACAAAGAGGAGGAGGAGUACUUGGCAAGAUUACGACAGAUCCGACUACAGAACUUUAAUGAACGCCAGCAGAUCAAAGCUCGCCUCAGAGGAGAGAAGUAUGACAGUGACGGCUCAGACAUUCAGGAGUCAUGUGAAGAGGCAGUAUUCAGGAGGAAGAAGAUCGAGGCUUUAAAGGCCCAGUCAAAGGCUCGUGCUGCUGUAAUUAAAGAACAGCUGGAAAAGAAGAGAAGAGAAGCAUAUGAGAGAGAGAAGAAAGCAUGGGAGGAUCAUCAGCUUGUUGCACGAGGGGUGAAGGUUGCUGUUGGAGCUGUGGGCGGAGCUCCACCUCCUGCAGCCCCUGCCACUCAGCCAUCUGACUCCACCCCUCAGGAAGGUGCUUCCAAAGCCACUCCCUCCUCUAGACCCACCACUCCAGCCAUCUCCAUGACUGCUGCUCUGAAGGAUGUGGGCGCGAUUUCAUCAGGACAGAGUUCUCCUAUGAAAGAGGACUCCGUUAAAGCAGAAACAUCAGGUGUACAGAGUGACAAGAAGGAGAUUCUUCACCGACUUAAUCAGAAGGUCCAGACCACUGAGGAAGAUGCCACACCUUGCAGCAUUGCACCAUGCCCAACUCCUCAACAGGUCAAGCCUUCCAUCACAGAAGAAAGACCUCCUGCAGCUGGUGAUAGGAGGAAAUGGGAAGCUGUAGCUCCACCCAUAUUGUCUGUAGCCGAACAAACUCUGGAGGAGACCUGUGCAACUCUGGCAGUGUCUCAGGUGGCUUCUCCAGAGACGAAUGCUCCCUCUGGUGGAGACAGGAAGAAGUGGCAGACUGAUGGUGCCCCUCUUCUGUCUGUGGCUCAGCAGACUCUGGAAGAAACUAGCUUUACAACAGCAGGUCAGCUAACAGAAAAAACAGCAGGUGAAGUCAUUUGCAUGGAUGAUUGGCAGGGGGAGGGGCUAAGGAAGGCUUGGGGGUGGAGUCCAGACUCAGAGGUUCUGAAGGUGUUGGAAGAGGCAGAGCUCCAGCCCUUUACCCAGAAACUAGAUCCCGCCAGCACCUGUGACCACACACUGACUGAAAGCCUUAAUCUUAUUGAAGAGUCUUUAGAUGUCACUCAUGAAACCAAACAAGUGCCUCUUCCUCAGCCAUGCCAGCCUGCCAUUGGCCUUGCCAAACAAGAAGUGACAUGUCAGGAGACAGUGCCAAUCACAGCAGAGGUUAAAAGUCAGGAACUAAUCCUUCAAACAACAGAAGAGAUUCAAAAGACUCCAUCUGGAGAGAGUGAGACAGAGGUGGUGGAUGAUAUGGAGUCAGUAGUUCUAGAUGAAGCCUCUCAGCAAACCUCAAAGCCGCCCCCAGCAGAUGUAAUGCAAGCAUGGACAAAUGACACUCCAGUGUCUCCGCCAGCAGAUGGCAGAUUAAUACAACCAGAGUGCACAGAGAUGACGCGAAGAGAAGAAAAACACCCUGAACCUGCAGUAGAUAAGCCUUUGUUUGUGAAGCUAAGCAGUAGUCCAGCUCACAGACAAACAGUAGCAUUGGCCAUCCUGUCUGCUCAGUCCUCACUGGAAGACUCUUCCACCAUCGCCUCACGUUCCCGCUCUGUCUCUCCACUGCGCUCCCAAAGGCAUGGCGACGCACUUCUCAUUGGCCUCUCUACUGGCCUCUUUGACACAAACAACCCAAAGAUGCUGAGGACGUGCUCCUUACCAGACCUCAGUAAAGUAUUCAGUGAUGCUGCAGAACCUGAAGUUGCAGUCGCUCCUGACAACAACCUGGAGAUUGAAGAUCUGGAGGAUAAAGCAGAUGAGCAGUCUGAACCUGAGGAUGUGUACGAGGAUGAUGAUUUGAGGGAGCUCAGAGCAUCUAUGGAGAGGCUUCUCCAAGAGCAGCGCGGUGAUGAUGAAGAUGAUGACGAAGAGGACGACGAUGGCGGUGGAUCCAACAGUAGUCCAGCUGAUGAAGAGGCAGCUGGCCUUAAUGGGUUGGCUAGUGCUGGUGUUGACAAAUGCAGUCCAGAGGAGGAGUGUUUUAAUGGAAUGGCUGAGGAAGAUGAUGAUGUUAGCCAUGGUGAAGAAGAGCCAGGAGGGCCAGUUACUAACGGAAUGGAGGUUGAGGAGGAUGAAGAGCAGAACAGUAGUGAAGGCCAGCUCAAUGAGGAGUGGCAGUCUGAUGACAGCGAGGAAGAGGACGAGGAAGACCUAGAGCAACAGGACAGUAUCUUCAGUCGUCUGGAGGAGCUGCGGUUCGAUCUAGAGCAUGCCAUGGGCUUUGAGAACUUCAUUCAAGCCUACAACAAGAUCAAGGCUAUUCAUGAGGAUGAAGAUGAGAACAUUGCAAUGGGCUCCCGCAUGGUGCAAAGCAUUUUGGGAACCAAGCACCAACACUUGUAUCCUAAAAUCCUCCAUUUGGUGAUGGCAGAUGGAGCUUACCAGGAAGAUAAUGAUGAAUAGAAGUUAUUCAUCCAUGCCGUUGGCAGCCUUGGUCAAUCUGCUGGUAGGCUGAAGUGUUCCCAUGAUGCACUCUGACAGGCUGAGGAGGUGCAUGUCGGGGAAAGGGGGUUUGAGAGAGAGGGGGUAAAAAGGGAAAUGGUCCACUCAAGCAUGGGCAGUUUAAAGUCCACGGUUGACUGUAGUUCUACUUCCAUAUCUCAAGUCACUUGAGCACUACUUUGUAAAUUUUGUGCAUAUAAAUGUGCCGUGUAUAAUAAUAUUUAACCAAAGCGUAGCCGAGUGUUAGCAGGUGAGAAGAAGUCUCCGACAGAGAUGCACGUGUGUGUACUCCUAGCUGAUGACAGACUGUAUGUGAAAUGCUGCUAGUGCUGUAUUCACAACAGCUGAAGCCAUGGAAACUGCUUUUUAAGGCUCUAGACUGGCCAGGGAGGUCUAGUUUAGGGGUCGGAGGUCAAUUAUCUGCCCAAUAUCAGGUGCUCACGCACAACAGGCAGCGGGUUCUUCUAACCGGCUGUCUACCUCAGAAAACAGAUCAGUCUAAACGUCUUGUCUAAAAAAAGUCUUCUCCAGUUUUCUGAACCUCUUUUUCUACUUUUUACACAUCGUUUACAUAACAUGCUCAAAUUAUUUAGCCUUAGCUUUCAAGAUUUCUUACCGGUAAAUCUUAAAGCAUUAUUUCAGGAUUUGGCAAAACUGUUAUUUAGGAAGUUACUAUGCAGAUGAAGUUCUUAUUGGGGUUUUUAACGUGAUGGUUCACCCAAAAUUAAUAUUCUGUCAUCAUUUACUCCCCCUCAUGUUUUUUUGUCCAUCACAUGGAAUAAAUGGGGGCCACAACAACAUUGGACCCCAUUGACUUUAAUUGUGAAGAAAAAGUCAUACAGGUUUGGAACUGCAUGAGUGAGUAAAUGAUGAUAGAAUUUUCAUUCUUGGUGAACAGUCACUAUAAGAGCAUUUAUAAAUGCUGUGCACAUGCUUUAUGCAUGUUGUAUGCAGCUGCACCUCCGGUGGGUUGUAUUAAAUUACCUCUGUGUUUUAGUUGCUGGCAAAAUGUGGUACUUGAAAGUGUACAGAAAAUUGUUAAAUAAUUUGCAAGCAUUACGGUUUGUUUGCAUGUCAGAAUAUGUAUAUCUUUGUACUGAGAAAUAAAUAAACGUAAUU